GAUGACAGUUGAAGGACAAGCCGUGGUGCCAAUCGCGCCAGAUGGCAGCUUGGGGUCUUUCGAGCAGCGGAAGCAGUCGCCGCCGCCAACACAGGUACAUCCCAAGGCGAUCCUCGUAGGCAAGAAGUUGGUCCCGCAUGGCGCCGGUCCGCGGAACAGGUCCAGCUCGUCCGGAGCCUCGCCCUCCCGUGAGUCCCGCACCUCGUCGGCUGCAUGCAGCCCCGAAAGGCGCUACGGAGAGCGCCUGAGGGUAGAGGUGUUGGAGCGCCUGGCUACAGAGGCCGACAAGUGGCACACACUGGAGGAGGGGACGUUUGACCCCAGGACCCCUGCAGCCCCAGUCUUUCCGAAGCAGUUGCAUCGGCCCCGCCGACCAGAAGCUGCUCAGGAUCAGUUGCGGCUUUCGCCGGAGGAAGCAGAGGAGCUGGAAGCCAAAGUGCACACACCGAUGCUGUACCUGCCUUUUGGUGGUGAAGCUGCUAAGGAGGUUGAGCAACGUCUCCGGAGUGCCCCGGCG